AUGGAAUCUGCUGGUCCAACAUUUAUAAAGCUUGCGCAAUGGGCCGCUUCAAGAACUGACAUAUUUCCUCAAGAGAUGUGCAGACAUCUGUCAAAACUUCACUCUGCUGUAGGUCCACAUCCAUUCGACGAUACUAAAAGAAUAAUUGAAAAAGCAUUUAAUAAACCGUUUCAUGAAAUUUUUUCGGAAUUUGAUCAGACACCUAUUGGGAUUGGCGCUAUCGCGCAAGUAUAUAAAGCCAAAAUUCAACCUGACAUACUUCCUAUAGAAUAUUAUCAAGGUGAUUCAAGAGCUGUAACAACUGUAACCAAAAAACGAUUCAAUGUUCCCACUGGAUUUCCUGUAGUUGCUGUCAAAGUACUGCAUCCAACUGCAGAAAAAACUAUUCAACGUGAUCUUAAAAUCUUGACAUUAUUUGCAAAUUUAAUUAAUUUUUUUCCUAGUAUGCAAUGGCUUUCUUUUCCUGAAGAAGUAGCAAAAUUUGGGGAAAUGAUGCGAGAUCAAUUGGAUUUAAAAAUCGAAGCAGAAAAUUUGCGAAAUUUUCAAGAGAAUUUUAAAAAUAAUAGAUUUGUGAAAUUCCCAAUGCCUGUCUUAGAAUAUUCUACUAAAGAUAUGCUAAUUGAAGAAUUUGAAGAAGGAUUAUCUAUUAAAUUAAUUCUUAAACAAGGUGGUGGAGUAUAUGACCAAGUUAUUGCAAAUACCGGCAAGUUUUUAAUGAUUCCUUGUCUUGACGCAUUUAUCCGUAUGCUUAUACUUGACAAUUUCGUUCACGCCGAUCUUCACCCUGGUAAUAUAAUAGUUAAAUUCAUCAAACUUAAAUCUUCGUUUCUUCCAUUUUGGCCAAAUAUCAACACCGAUGAUGAACUUUUUAGUACUUAUGAAACUGAAACUGCUACUAAGCGACUUUUAGAAUGUAGUCAUGAUAAAGAACUCUGGAAUGAUGAACUUGUAAAGUUGUGCGAUGAAGGAUAUCAACCACAAUUAGUAUUUAUAGAUGCUGGAUUAGUAACAAGUUUAAAUAAAAUAAACAGAAAAAAUUUUCUCGAUUUGUUUCAAGCAGUAGCUGAGUUUAAUGGAUUUCGAGCAGGACAGUUAAUGAUAGAACGAUGUAAAACUCCAGAGUUGGUAGUAUCGGGUGAUAUAUUUGCAUUAAAAAUGCAACAUUUGGUACUGAACGUAAAAUCUCUAACGUUACAAUUGGGAAAAAUACGUAUCUCGGAUAUAUUGAAGACAGUAUUGCAAAUGGUCAGGGAUCAUCACGUAAAAUUGGAAGGCGAUUUCAUUAAUGUGAUAAUAUCAAUAUUAGUAUUAGAAGGGAUUGGAAGACAAUUAGAUCCACAAAUGGAUUUAUUAAAAAAUGCGUUACCAAUACUGAGAAAAUUAGGUGCGCAAGAGGCAGGACGAGGAAUGAGGGAAGGAAUCAAAGAAAUUUCUAGUGAGAAUGCAUGGGUGCUUAAGUUUUGGAUAUGGUUAGAGGCACGAGAAUGGUUAGAUAAUGCAUCAUGGCAAGAAUAUGAACUGUUCCAUCAACGACACCUGUGGUGGCCUGAUAUGUAA